CCGGAGCAGAAAAAUGAAGCAGCUGCUCUCUAGCAGGACCCUGCCGGUCCCAGAUGGGAUUAGCAUUGAGGUGAAGGGCCGGGCAGUCCGCGUUAAGGGUCCUCGUGGCACCCUGACGCGCGACUUCAAGCACCUGGCUGUUGAUAUGUUCCUCACGGAGCAGGACGGGGCUAAGGUGCUGCAGGUUGACUGCCAUUUCGGCAAGAAGAAGCGGCUCGCAUCUAUUCGCACUGUUUGCUCGCAUGUGAAGAACAUGUUCACGGGUGUCACAAAGGGCUUCGAGUACAAGAUGCGCCUGGUGUACGCCCACUUCCCCAUCAACAUCAACAUCGAGAACCAGGGGAAGAAGGUGGAGGUUCGCAAUUUCCUGGGCGAGAAGCGUGUGCGCGUGGUCAAUAUGCUGGAGGGUGUGAAGAUUGCCCGCUCGGAUGGCGUUAAGGAUGAGCUGGUCCUGACCGGCAACAACCUGGAGAACGUGUCCCGCUCCGCCGCUCUGGUCAGCCAGUCGUGCCGUGUCCGUGUCCUGGAUAUCCGCAAGUUCCUGGACGGCAUCUACGUGUCGGAGAAGGGGCUCCUGGUGAAGGACUAGAUGGAUGGACCUGGUUACAGCACUUUGUAACGGCGCAGACGGAGGCCUUGCUAUGUUUCCCGCUUCAUUAUCCGUCAUUGACUACACCGAAUGCAGCAGCGGAAGCAGCAGCAAAAAACUUCAUCGAUUGCAGCAGCGCUGGAGACCUCGGGUUACGAACGGGGGGUCCCUACGCUGCUUCCCAGGGCCAGCCUCGCCGCUGAGUGCAGCCUGAAAGCUACAUAGGGAAGCUUUGUAGGAGUUGAGCAAAAUAGGCGGGACUGGGAGAGUGUCGCGGGCGGGAGCUCUGGUGGGCAAUUGGGGCCUAAUCGGUCGUUGCCGUUUACUGCAUACUGUGUUAGAACACCCGGGAAGCCCGCUACUGUGGGCACUCAUCGCCGGGGACAGGGGCACGCAUGCUCUCUGUAACGCCAGCUGUGGGCA